CAUAUAUUGCAAACGUCAAUUAUACCUCUACACUAACUGUCAAAUACAACAAUUCUGUAUUCAUUUAAUGCAAUAGGUACUUUGUUUGGUACUUUGUUUGACGACUGUAAAAGCCGCUGAUUUUUUACGAAAACGUUUUGGCAAUGGUAUCAUACUAUGUUAUGUUAAAAACAAAUCAACAAGUGUGAAUAAGAACGUUAUUCAUAAUUAAUAUUGACCUCAUAAAAAAUCAAAAUGACUAAUCUUGAUGUGAGCAAUAGCAGUACUGAUAGCAGUUCUGGCUCAACAUCAGAUUCUAGUACUAGUGGUACCUCAUCCACGAGUUCAGGGUCAGGGUCCAGCAGUUCAGAUUCCGAGUCUUCCACGUCUGAUAUUCCAGCAGUAACACCAGCUCCCGCUCCUAAGUCUCCCAAACCAGCACCUAUAGAGGAACCAAAACCUGCCGAAGAACCAAAACCGAGACGCUCAUCCAAACCUAAACCAUCCUCAUCAAGUGAUGAUGAAACUCCUAAACCUCCCACACCAAAACCAGCUCCUCCAAGAAGACGAUCAACUAAACCCAAAAACGCAGCUGCAGUACUAGCUAAAGCUAAACAAUUACCUCCCAGAGCAGCAACAGGAGCUAAAUCAAAGGCAAUUUCGAAAACAAUACCCAAAACAACAAAAGCAGAUGCAAAUACCUUAAAAAAGAAGAGUAUCUUCUCACCUGAUAACAGUUCAGAAUCCGAUUCGGAGAGUAAAGAAAGUAAAACAUCAAAAGCGAGUCCUAAAGCUUCACCUCGUAAUAAAAAGACAUCUCGAAAGUCUAGUGAAGAUAAGGAUACACCGUCGUCGCCGUUAACUUCAGCACAAAAUUACGAUUCAAAUUCUAACUCUAAAGAUAAUACGAAAAGGAGAGCGAGUCGGUCAAAUGGUCCACCUCCUAAAAAGACGGUGGAGGAAAAAAGUGCAUCGUCAUGUUCGUCAAGUCAAUCCUCAGUUGAAUCCGUUUCAUCAGAGAGUGAUAGUGAAUCAACGAAAAAAGAAAACACAAAAGCACAAAAGUCUAAGUCACCUUCCAAUGCUAGUAGUAAGCAAGAGACGACUGGGAAAAGCGGUGACUCAUGUGACUCAUUGACAGGAACAAUGACUCGUAAACUCACACGAUCACUAUCAGCGCGCGUUUCGCGAAUGGCGAACGCUGCAAAACCGGCCAACACAGAUACUGACUCGGAUGCUGAGGAUAAGAGUAACGAAAAGAGCAAAGACGACAUAAGGUUAGCAAAAGCGCGAGCUGCCAUCACUAGAUCACCGGCAUUACCUCCUAACCCUGUAGCACCCUCAGAGCGUCGGUGUCCUGUCAGAGACUGUGAUUCAUCUGGGCAUCUUGGAGGCAAAGCGUCGAAACACUUCACGUGGGACGCGUGCCCGGUGUACCACAACGUGACGGCGGCGUGGUGCGUGGCCGCGGCCGAGGAGCGCGCCGCCGCCGCCGCCACGCGCCGCCGCGCGCUCGCCGCGCUGCAGCAGCGGCCGCGCGCCAUGCCCACCAUCGAGCAGCGCGCCUACCAGCUCAAGGUCAAGGAUAUGAGGUCAAAAUGGAAAGGCAGUCAAGAACUUCGAUCGAUGCCAACCAAUGAGGAAAUGGGAGAGGAAAGAGAGCCGGUCCUAGAAGGAUUCGCGCCUGAUUACGAUCUUAGAUUGUUCAGAGAUGCACAAGCACUGGCUGCGGUCAAAAUCGAAGAGGAACUUGGAGAUAUAGCAACUGAUAAAGGGACAAGAUACGUAGUGAUGGGCAAGUACAUGAUGGAGGUGUGGUACCAGUCGCCGUACCCGGGGGACGCGGCGCGCGUGCCGCGGCUCUUCGUGUGCGAGUUCUGUCUCAACCACCACAAGUGUGCAGUGGGCGCCGCGCGGCACCGCGCCAAGUGCGUGUGGAGACACCCGCCCGGGGACGAGGUGUACAGAAAAGACAACCUUAGCGUAUGGCAAGUAGAUGGCCGUAAACACAAACAGUACUGCCAGCAAUUGUGCCUCUUGGCGAAGUUCUUCUUGGACCACAAGACUUUAUACUACGACGUGGAGCCCUUUCUGUUCUAUGUAAUGACAUGUGCUGAUGAGGAGGGCUGCCACAUUGUCGGCUACUUCAGUAAGGAAAAGAACUCAUUCCUCAACUACAACGUUUCCUGUAUCCUGACUCUGCCACCGUACCAGAGACAAGGCUACGGGCGACUCCUCAUAGAUUUCAGCUAUCUCCUCACGAAAGUCGAGGGAAAAGUUGGUUCGCCAGAAACGCCAUUGUCGGACUUGGGUCUGAUUUCGUACCGGUCGUAUUGGAAGGAGGCUCUAUUGAAGAGGUUGUGCUCGGCCCCCGGUCCCACGCUGUGUAUACGAGAUUUGAGCAAGGAUUUGGCUAUCGCGUCGUCUGAUAUAGUAUCGACGUUGCAAGAGAGAGGCUUGAUGAAGUACUGGAAAGGAAAGCAUAUCGUGCUCAAGAAACAGGAAGUGCUGGAGGAGGCGACGCGGCGAGCGGGCCGUGCGCGCUGCGUGGACCCCGCGUGCCUGCGCUGGUGGACCAGCGGCGCCCGCUGA